AUGAGCCAUGACAAGACACUGGCAUCCGCUGCAGAGGAUUUUCAGAUGUGGCAUCGGUGGAAGAAUGAUCCUGAGCCUGAUGACAUCCAUUACUACUAUGCCAAAGAAAACCUGGACUCAAAUGAUACAGAGGUCAAGAAGCCAAACCGGCUUUAUCCAGAGUUUAAGGAAGACGAGCAAUUCAGACGCCUCAUCUCCUACAACACCACAGCAGUCCACAUACCCACGGACAUAUACGAGGGCUCCACCAUUGUACUGAAUGAGCUGAACUGGACAGACGCAUUAGAGGCAGUGUUUAGGAAGAACAAGGAAGAGGAUCCUACUCUACUGUGGCAGGUGUUUGGCAGCGCCACCGGAUUGGCUCGCUACUUCCCAGCAUCCCCUUGGAUGGACUCGCGAAAAACGCCCAAUAAGAUUGACCUCUACGACGUCCGGCGGCGGCCGUGGUACAUCCAGGGGGCAGCGUCUCCUAAGGACAUGCUGAUCCUAGUGGAUGCGAGUGGCAGUGUCUCUGGCCUCACCCUCAAGCUAAUCCACACCUCUGUCAACGAGAUGCUGGAGACCCUGUCUGACGAUGACUACGUCAAUGUGGUCUAUUUCAAUGAUAAGGCGAUGAAGGCAGCGUGCUUUCAGAACCUGGUACAGGCCAACGUGAGGAACAAGAGGUUCCUGAAGGAUGCUGUGCGGAACAUCUCAGCCAAGGGCAUCACCAACUAUAAAGGCGGCUUCGAGUUGGCCUUCGAGCAGCUCUCAUCGUUGAACGUGACCCAGGGCAGGGCGUUGUGUAACAAGAUCAUCAUGCUGUUCACUGACGGAGGAGAGGAGAGGGCCCAGGAGAUCUUCCAGAAGUAUAACGCUGACAAAAAGGUGCGGAUAUUCACGUUCUCAGUGGGCCAACACAACUAUGACAAAGGACCAAUCCAGUGGAUGGCCUGCACCAACAAAGGGUACUAUUAUGAAAUCCCCUCCAUCGGUGCUAUCAGGAUCAACACUCAGGAGUAUCUGGAUGUACUGGGAAGGCCCAUGGUCAAAGCAAACAACAAGGCCAAGCAGGUUCAAUGGACCAACGUUUACCAGGACGCGCUG